AUGGGUAUCGAUCUUGACGCUCAUCACGUCCGCAGCACCCAUCGCAAGGCGCCAAAAAGCGACAAUGUUUACCUUAAACUGCUCGUGAAGCUCUACCGCUUCUUGGCCCGUCGCACUGAAUCAUCCUUCAACAAGGUUGUCCUCCGCAGACUUUUUAUGUCGCGCAUCAACCGGCCACCCGUUUCCAUCUCGAGAAUUGUCGCCAACACCUCCGAGAAGUCAAACAACAAGACUAUCGUCAUCAUUGGCACCGUCACUGACGACAACCGCUUGUUGACUGUCCCAAAACUGAGUGUGGCGGCCCUUCGCUUCACUGCGACCGCUCGUGCUCGCAUUCUCGCUGCCGGCGGUGAAGUUUUGACGUUGGAUCAAUUGGCCUUGAGAGCUCCAACCGGAAGCAACACUCUUCUCCUUAGAGGACCAAAGAACGCCAGAGAGGCCGUUAAGCAUUUCGGAAUGGGACCACACAAGCACAAGAAACCAUAUGUUGAAUCCAAGGGUCGUAAAUUCGAGAAGGCCCGUGGACGCAGGCGCUCAAGAGGUUUCAAGGUCUAA